AUGAACGCAGGAGACGUCAGCUGGCGGGGUCCGGCUCGACCGGGUGCUGGAGGUCUGAGAGACGUCACCCUCCGCAUGCCUGUGGCUGUCCCCACGGGCUCUACCGCCUCCCUACUCUGCCUCUACGACUUGGAGGGAGACCAACUCUACACGGUCAAGCGGUACAAAGGUCGACAAGAGUUCUUCAGUUACGUCCUCAAGGAACUCCCGCACACCAGAGUGUUCGCACUGCCUGAAAUCAAUGUCGAUAUUGACAGGCAAGCUCUGACGUCACAGGGUCGAUACCACAACUGGGGGGCGACUGCCAAACAUGUCAUCUGUCCCUAUGUGUCCCCACUGGGCCUUGGCGUGGUGAAGAACCUGUCAUUCAGCUGGAAAAACAGCUACCCUGCAGGAGACUCCCAAAGAGCCAAGUGCAGCCCUCCUCCCUCCUCCCCAGCAGUCAAUGCCACGUUGUAUUUCAAUGGUGAAAAGGUUGAACAUAAUUCACGUACAGUAAAGCAGCAGAUACCCAACAGCUUUCAAUUCUACCUGGUUUAUACCUUCCAGUUGGUCUCUGGACACCUUACACUGGACACAGCAAAAAACCGAUGUGUCACUUAA